AUGGCAAUGUUUGUUCACGUUCAAGCUCAAGAUCAGGCUCAGAAUUUUGGCUGCAAAAUUAAAGUUUACCGACCUAAGCAAGGAGCCGUUUAUCCAUUUUUUAGCAGACAAUAUAUCGAAUAUGAUGUUAGUGAUAGUUGCAUGACAGAAGGUGGAGAUAACGGAGUUAAUGUCGGUGUCAUUAGUCGUACCACAGGCAACAAAGUUUAUGAUGUUGUUAAAAAUGGAAAUCUGAUUAACACACCUAGAAAGCUUCGAUUCAGAAUCAAUCCAAUUUGGGCAACAGACGGACGCAAAUAUUAUAUUAGGGUCACCGUCAAUAGGCGUAAGAGCGCGAUAUCUGGAGAUUUUACUACCGUCGAAGAGGCUUAA